ACAGUUUUGUGUUCCAUCUUUAGUGCUGGCGGUCACAGCUGAGCCAAAAGAGGACUACAACUGUGCGUUAUAUAGAAAAGAAAGGCUCGGAGAGCUUUGUGCACACGCUACAGCUACUUUCUAGAGGCUGCUCGCAGCUGCUCUGGAGGGCAGAGUGUUCGCGAGGUGUUGCGCCUACUGGGCGCUCGUUCGGUGGAAGAGAGAUGGCGUGCUUGUUGGAGGCCCCUCUCCGCAUCAGUGUGCUGUCUGAAGUCACUGCCACUAGUCGCCAUUAUGUUGACAGACUGUUCGAUCCAGACCCACAAAAAGUGCUGCGGGGAGUCAUUGACAUGAAGAAUGCUGUCAUAGGAAACAACAAGCAGAAGGCCAAUUUAAUUGUCCUUGGAGCUGUGUCGAGGUUACUGUACCUGCUCCAGCAGAGCUCUUCAAGCCUGCAGCUGAGGACGGAGUGUGCUGUGGUGCUGGGCAGCCUCGCUAUGGGCACAGAGAACAACAUCAAGUCUUUGGUCGACUGUCACAUCAUCCCUACACUUCUUCAAGGUCUUCUAUGCACUGACCUGAUUUUCAUUGAAGCCUGUCUUCGAUGCCUCCGAACCGUCUUCAUCAGUCCAGUUACUCCUGUGCAGCUGCUGUAUACAGACCCCACUGUGAUUCCUCAUUUAAUGUCUCUACUGAGACACUCCCAGAGAACCCAGGAGUACAUCACACAGAUCCUCUCCCACUGUUGUAAGACUCCAGAACAUCAGACUGUUCUUUUCAACCAAGGUGCAAUCCAGAACAUCUCUCCCCUACUUAUUUCACCAUCUUAUAAAGUCCGGAUGCAGGCAUUAAAGUGUUUCUCAGUCCUGGCUUAUGAGAACACUCAGGUCUCCAUGACACUGGUGAAUGUGCUGGUGGAUGGUGAGCUGCUCACUCAGGUAUUUGUUAAAAUGAUGCAAAGAGAUCAACCUGUUGAAAUGCAACUAACGGCAGCCAAAUGUCUAACGUACAUGUGUCGAGCGGGUGCCAUCAGAACAGAUGCCAGCUGCAUAGUACUAAAGACCCUGCCGUGCCUCGUCCGAAUGUGCAAUAAAGAGCAUUUACUUGAGGAGAGGGUGGAGGGUGCAGAGACGCUGGCUUAUCUGAUGGAGCCUGACGUAGAGCUGCAGAGGAUUGCAAGCACCACAGAUCACCUGGUGUCUAUGCUGGCCGACUAUUUCAAGUAUCCCAGUUCUGUGUCUGCCAUCACGGACAUCAAGAGGUUGGACCAUGAUCUGAAACAUGCACAUGAGCUAAGGCAAGCUGCUUUCAAACUCUACGCCUCCCUCGGCUCCAAUGAUGAAGACAUACGCAAAAAGAUCACAGAGACGGAGAACAUGAUGGACCGAAUAGUUAGUGGCCUAUCAGAAUCCAGCAUUAAAGUUCGGUUAGCAGCAGUCAGGUGUCUUCACAGUCUGUCACGAUCUGUUCAGCAGCUCAGAACCAGCUUCCAUGAUCACGCUGUCUGGAAACCCCUCAUGAAGUUGCUGCAGAAUGCUCCAGAUGAAGUCUUGGUUAUGGCUUCUUCAACACUAUGCAAUCUACUGCUGGAGUUCUCACCCAGCAAAGAGCCCAUUCUGGAGUCGGGGGUGAUUGAGUUACUAUGCAGUCUGACUCAGAGUGGCAGUCAUGCUCUGAGGUUAAAUGGGAUCUGGGCCCUGAUGAACAUGGCGUUCCAGGCAGAUCAGAAAGUAAAGGUGGAGAUCGUUCAAUGUUUGGGCACAGACCAACUGUUCCGUCUGCUUUCUGACCCGGACACCAAUGUGCUGAUGAAAACCCUUGGAUUGCUGCGCAACCUGUUGUCAACACGCCCACACAUUGACCAGAUCAUGAGCUCUCAUGGGAAGCAGAUAAUGCAGGCAGUGACUCUUAUCCUGGAAGCAGAGCAUAGCAUUGAGGUCAAGGAACAGACAAUGUGUAUUCUCGCCAACAUUGCAGACGGCACCACAGCCAAGGAGCUAAUCAUGACCAAUGAUGACAUGCUUCAAAAAAUCAAAUACUACAUGGGACAUUCGAAUGUGAAGCUGCAGCUUGCUGCCACCUUCUGCAUCUCAAACGUUAUCUGGAAUGAGGAGGACGGGUCUCAGGAGCGUCAGGACAAGCUAAGGGAGAUGGGCUUUGUGGACAUCCUGCACAAACUGACACAGUCUUCUGAUCCCAACCUCAGUGACAGGGCUAAGACGGCGUUGCAGCAGUACUUGGCAUGACAACAGUGGGUAGCAAUCCUUUAAUGCCAGUCUAACUAUUGUUGGGAGGACGCCGGCUAUCAAUUCUUUGGUUUCACAAUAUUGAGGCUUGCUUGUUGCACAAAGACACCUUUUUACCCCUCCCUAUCCCUUCUCUCUAUCGGGCGCGUGUAUGACUCACCUCUUCUGCCA